AUGUCCGACCCACCAACAUCAACAGCCUCAACCUCCCUCCUCCCUGUCGAUGCACUGUUCAACAAUCCGCUCUUCGCCGGAGGCGUCGGUCUGGCAGGUCUCACAGCCGCUGCCGCCGUAGCCCGCAAAGGGGUGAUCCGGGGCGCAGGCCUGGUGCGCCGACGUCUCCUCAGCAGAGUCGAGAUCAGCAAGAAUGAUCCAUCCUACAAAUGGGUUCUGGCAUGGCUUUCUCUCCCUCGCCCGCAGACGGGCUUCAUUUCCUCGCGGAUCACCCGCCUCAACGACUUCUCUAUGGCGACGACGACGAGGGGGGACAAGGCGAACGACGCGAGCUUCUUCCUUCAGCCGGGCUACGGCAAAUAUAUUAUCAGGCACGAGAACGCGUACAUAGGUGUCAAUCGCGAGAAGCAGGCUUCGUCCAACAUGCACACGGGAGAGCCGCACGAAAUAGUGACGCUCACGGCGCUCUAUGCGCAGAGGCAUAUCUUCGAGAGCUUAUUUCGAGAGGCGCAUCAUCUGGCAUUGUCGGCACAGGAGGGAAAGACUGUGAUGUAUACCGCGCAAAUCGCCGACUGGAAACCUUUUGGCGAAGCGCGGAAAAAACGGCCUUUGCACUCGGUGGUCUUGGACGAAGGGAUCAAGGAGCGGAUCGUGGACGACGUCAAGGACUUUCUGACGCGACAGAGCUGGUAUGUGGAGCGAGGGAUACCGUAUAGGAGAGGAUACCUGUUAUAUGGUCCGCCAGGCAGUGGCAAGAGUUCAUUCAUCCAAGGAUUGGCCGGCGAGUUGGAUUUUGGCAUCGCGCUCAUUAAUCUGAGCCAGAGGGGAAUGACGGAUGAUAGAUUGUCACAAAUGAUGACUGUACUGCCACCAAGAACCAUACUCCUGCUGGAAGAUGCAGAUGCGGCCUUCAGCAAUCGGCAACAGGCGACCGAGGACGGCUACAGUGGUAUGACCGUCACAUUUUCAGGCUUACUUAACGCCUUGGACGGAGUUGCGGCCGGUGAAGAGAGGGUGACAUUUCUGACGACGAAUCAUAUCGAUCGCUUGGACGAAGCCUUGAUCCGGCCUGGAAGAGUGGACAUGACUGUUAGGAUAGGAGAAGCCACGAGAUAUCAGGCGGGGGAAAUGUGGGAACGCUUCUACGGAGACGUAGACGAGGGCGGAAAGGGGAAACUCCGGUUCUUGCAGAGGCUGGAAGAACUCGGCCUUGUGACGGACGCUGGCGGGCAGACAAAGCCGAGGUUCCAGACAAGCACUGCUGCCAUUCAAGGCCUGUUCUUGUUCAACAAGGAUAGUAUGGAUGGAGCCAUUGGGAUGGCUGAGGGACUGAUUCCACGAAUCUACGAGUCUGAGCAGCACGUCGCUGGAAUCAAAGUGCCUGCUUGA